AUGGAAUGCGCCCGACGUUCAAUGGCCAUGUUGCGGCUCUCAGAUUUUGAGGACAGCCCCCUUGUUAAGCCUCUGGACAUCUUGUCCCCGAAGCUGGUGAUUUUGAGCAUGCUAUCGACGUGCAAGGGCCGCUUCCAAGGCCGCAUCUUCCAGCUCCUUUGCGGCUUCUUCCUGCAGGCCUCACUCUUGACCUUCGCUGCAGCCGAUCCCGUAGCGGCGCGCGGAGCGAGCUGCAAGGUUGAUAACAAGCCAGUGGAUGCAGCGCAAGAUGCGGCACAGAUUGCCGUCGAUGAAACGCAGCUUCUUCAGCAGUUCCAUGCGAAGGGAGUUCUGAAUGCAUCAUCGUCCUUGAAGUCUUCCGCCGAACUCGCUUCUGGAGGAAAUAUGAAGCUGGCCACCAGUCCCAAGAUUGGGAUCAUGUACACCCUCAGCUGCGGCACCUGUGGCCAGAAUGUGUGCGACGGGCCCUUUGUGGAAGAAGCCGCCAGCUUCUCCGACGACUAUGAGCUUGGAGACACGAUGUCCUCUGAUCCUUCCACUGACUGCAACAAGUUCCCAGACAAUCCUCGACUUAUCCGACAAUGCCCAGGGAUGGCGGAUUGUGGUGAACGGGGCGCCCAAGUGCGCCUGCUGUGUUUUCGAAAUUUUGGGGUUCUCCAUCACCUUGCGGCAUGGACUCAGUGUGGCAGAAGCUUUUCCGAGCUCCCUUUCUCGGAGAACCGGAAAGGCAUCGAAUGUGACUAUGAGAUCGGCUCGGACCUUGCGACCUGGGGCUGCGACAAGCUUCCCCAGUCUCCAAGGCUGAUCCACGACUCCGGGACAGGCAAAGUCUACGUGGCUGAGACAGGCUGUCAAGGUAUUUCUGGGAUCCUCCACCAUGUCACAACCUGCCAUGAGUGCGGCUGGGGGAACUUCUGUCGCCUCGAGCUGUUCAGCGAGAACCGGGCAGAUCUUGCAUGUGACUACGAGGUCGGUGUGAACCUGACUACAUGGGGUUGCGACAAGCUCUCGCAAAAUCCCAAAGUGGUCCAUGACUCAAAGACUGGGGCCAUCUAUGUUGUCGAGGAGCCGGUUGCCAUGUGUGCUUACGAUACCUUGGCCGACGGCUCAAGUCCGGAUGUGCGCACGGAUGAGUUCCACUACAUUUUCAGCACGACGGGGUCGACCAGCCUCACUUGGCCUGUAGAAUGCUCUAAGGAGGACGGCCUUGCUUUUGGCAAAUGCCAUAAGCCUGCAGGCUCGCAACAUGCGUAUUGCCUGCGGAAGGGCAUCUCGAGCAAGGUACCAGGUGCACACGACUGGGGUUAUUGCCGGCCAUGUCCACCCGAGGUAUUUACACCAAAGUGCGCCUAUGUCUCAGAGGUGGACGGCUCGCGUCCAUUUCCCAGGAAAGACAAUUGGCGAAGCUGGACUGUUCCUCCCACAGGGGAGAUCCUGUGGAUGCUUUCAGCUUACGGGCAGUCUUGCACUGAAGCAUGUCGGCUGAAGAGUGGGUCCUGGACUUGUUCAGAACAUGAUCUGAGACAGGUUUCCACGGAAGCACAGGCCCGUGCUUCUGUCAGAGCAGCAGGCCAUGAGUGCACGAGGAUGAUUUUUUAUCGCUUGGCCCCGUUGGCAUUCGCGACAGACGGAAGUGAGAGCGCGUGCUCGUAUGGAGCCGCCAUGGAUAAUCCAUCCAGUGCAUGCGACAGGAACUACGUAGGUUCCAGCAUCAAGUCCCAGAACGUUUGCCCUUGUGUGUCUCAAGUCCCGUGGCCAAACCUUUGUUCCACUGUGCACAAGUCGGGACAGUGCGCAGUAGAAACGCUGCCCCAGGAGCAAAAGAAGUACGACCACUCGUAUUGUUUGAGGCCAGGAGUGACUGAAAGGCGGGACAACCAGCAUGACUGGGGCUAUUGCCGGGACUGCCCAGAGUGGUUCCUAGCUCAGACUGACCUGGCUGCGAUGUAUGGCGAGACUGGCGGUGUAAAGGAUUACAUGAGCACCCCGAGUCAGGCUGAGGGCGGCACUUGUUGGGGUCCUCAAGAAUGCAGGAACGGACUUCGGUGCAUUGGCCGUACGUGCAGACAGGCCCCUAUGAGCUCUUGGGGCGUCAGGAAACGGGUGGACAAAGACUGCACCGGCUCCAUCUGUGCCAAAUAUAACGAUUACCUCAAGAACAUGGAGGACUAUCAGAAACAGAUUGUGCGCAACCAGAAACGCAUGAUCAUCGAGUACCAGAGGCUGACCGCUGAGGAGAAGCGCAUCAAGCACAAGGAGGGCUUGAUGGUUGCAUAUGUGACGGCAAACCAGAGGCUGAAAUUGGUGGAGGACCUUCACAGGGCCCAAGCAUCAAAGUUACCAGCUGAUGAUCCCAGGAGAAGGAACCACGAGCAAAUUGCCAACGAUUUGCGGACAAGGCGCACGCCUCUGGAGCAACAGGCUGGCAGACUGGACAGGGAACUGCGCCAUCACCGCACCAUGGUCGGAAUCCACCGGCGGGUGCUCGAUAACCAGGCUAAGCAGAAUGCUGCAAAACACCGCGCCCUCAUGGAGAAGUUGCACAAUGAUGGCGUCAAUCGAUGGCCAGAAUCAACGACAACACCGGGUGGGGAAGCGCGGAAUGAUCCUAACUACCCCCAAAGAACCAAAAACCCCAAGGACUUCAAGUGGGACAAGGCACCUUCAGAUACCGACAUCAGGAAGGUGCAGGAGACGUUGGACCAGAUGGCUGAUUCCGAUCUGAAGGACCGGGCCAAGAAGAAGAAGCGUGGUGCAAUGAUUGGCUACCAGCAACAGGACACGGCUCGCUGGGCAUCCCUUAUGUCAGAAGAUGGCCGGGGGAUGCUGACCUUGGAAGGCAGCUACCAGUACCAGCUCGGCGCAUGCCCAGAAGGCCUUUGCGUGGAAGUUGGUGGUGCAAUCACGGUGGCCUACGAGCAUGAGGUCUACAACUCAGAAGGGGUCUCUAUUACAGUUCGAGUUGAAGCGGAGGUCUAUGCAGAUGCAGGUGCUUCAGUCGGCUGCGGUGCAGAAGUCCAGGGUUGCCAGGUGACGGUUUCGGCCGCCGUCGGGGCCAAGACUGGGGCUUCAACCAGAGUAAAGCAAGACCUGGGCCACGGCGUGACUGCCGACUACACAGCCGCCGUGGAGGCGGGCUACAUAGCCAAGGCCGAGGCGGAAGCUGGCUGCACUUCCAAGAAAGGUUGCACGGCCAAGGCCAAGGCAUUCGCUGGGGCGUAUGCCAAGGCGAAUGCCGAUUCGCAGGUCGGCAAUGAGCACGUCAGCGGCAAGGUGGGCGGGUCCGUGAUGGCCGGCAUUGCUGCCGGCGCAAGCGGCGACGUGAGCGGCGUGUACAGUGAUGGAAAGCUGACACUGGGAGGCAGCGCUUGCGCCGCGGCUCUCGUGGGUGUUUGUGCGGACGUUCAGUUUGAGGUGGACUUGUCUGGUGGUGAAGACUUGGCUCAAGACCUGGGGGACUUCUGGACUGACGUUGCCAGCUCCGACGAUACUCGUGAGGCGCUGCAGGCGACAUCUGAAGGCUUGGGGGAGACCCUGGACAGCGGAGCAGCAGCGGCAAGCGGGAUGGCGAGUGGGGCAACGACGGAAUGGGAGAACCUCAAGAGGGGUGUGGGCGGUCUUUUCCUGUUACAGGACGUGAAUUCAACAACCGCGGAGAUUUUCGAUGAGCUUGAUCGCCUAACCGUCAGGUGCCCCGUUCCUCUUGACCCGAAGCCAGUGACGAGUGACUUCGGCAGCCUUGAGGAGGCUGAGGGGAUGACGAAGAGGCUGCUGCAGGUGGCAGUACCAAGGCUCUCAGAGUCGGAGACAAACUCCAACCAGGAAUGGGCCAGAAACACCAGACCUUCUUUGGGCAGGAUCUCGGACAACAUCGAAAGCUGGUUUAAGCAAGCCUUCCCUGAGCUGCCCAACAUCCCCGACAUCAUCGAUGACAUCGCCCCCAUCCCCAUUCCGAACGUUCCCAUCCCCAUUCCGAACGUUCCCAUCCCCAUUCCGAACGUUCCCAUCCCCGUGCCCAUCCCCAUCCCGGGUUUCCGCUAG